AUGUACACCUUCGAAAAGCUUCUUCAGCUACGCGUGGAGGACCUUCCUGCGCGAAAAGACAUCAAUGUGUUCGAGAUUGAAGGGAUGGAAGACUUGACGUCAGAUCAACAAGAGCAAUGCAUGGUAAAGAUCAGAGACCUGGGUGACCAGCUCUAUGACAAAGAACACCCGCAAGGCCAAUACGUUGAGCCUUUCGAUGCAGACGAAUUAAGGGAUCGACUCAGAUCGAUAACCCCCAUCGUUUCUUCGUGUGACCUUGCCGCAGAAAGACUGCAGGAUGAAAAAUUCGCUUACAAAGAACUCCUUCUUGAUAACGGCCGGCCUCUUCACGACUUGGAGCACGGGCCUGAUCCCACCAAUGUUGAUGGACAAUAUGAGGAUAUUCUAAAAUACCUGCAAAAAGAAACGAAAGGCUUCGGCGAAGGGAUCUUCCAAGUACAAUGGAGACGCUGGAAGACAUUUCGCCGAGCGCAGCAACGAUUACGACGGCAAGUCGCUCAUGAUGGUGGAUUCCACGAUGUCCAGGAACGGAUGCUCGAACGUCGACAACAGCAUAAACUUGAUGCUGAAGUGACGCUGUCAUUGAAAGAGCCGGACCAACAAAGCCAGCUCACUGAGUGGCUAGAGUACCAAGACUUCGAGCUUCGAGCACAUGAGCGGCUAGAAAGGGGGCUUGCCGAAACGGGGGAGAGAUUGCUAUCCAACCGUGAAAUAGCCCAGGGCGCCGGAGUCCUAGUCGUCAGACCCGGCCGGGUCGGAGCCGACUAUCAUUGCUAUGAGAGCAUAGAUGAAGUGAAGCGAAAGGAAGACGAGGAGAGCAGGAAAGAGGUUCUAGCUGAGCCGAAAUUGCAAUUGGCAGAGAAAAGAUUGCAAAUCGCCGAAUCGAAGAUUAGGCAUCGCACGAUCGACCAAACCACAUGGAUAAAACUCUCCGAAGAAGGAAUCGCACCCGCGCGUGUCUUGUGGGCAGAUGCCGUUCGGAAAGCUCAGAUACUUGACCGUGAAUGGCGAUCGCUGGAUACUUGGACUACAUCGAGAUUGAUGGAGCUAGAAGCAUCCUCGCGAUCCUCAGAGGAAGCUCAUCGAAAGAUGCAGCUUGAGAUGGCCUCUGCAGAGUUCCAAGAGCGGGACAAGCAGCGUAAACUGCUCUCAGCAAAAAGUUGGGAAGCCAUCAAGAGCAAAGGAGGUGCUUGGAGAAAAGUAAUGUUUUUAGAGCGAGUCUACCAAGCCGCGCAGGAAGACAAUUUUGGAGAGGUUAUAAAGCGCGAUACCCUGGUCAAGAAGCUUCGGCAAGAAGUUCGAGCCGCAAAUGAUGAGCUCGAGGAAGCAAGGGCCUCGUUGAAAGACAUUCGCCUCUUGAAGAGCAUCAUCAAAGGGCAAAACCAGAUAUCCAAAGACAUAGAAAAGAGGAGACAGCAUGACACUCUGUUGCAAUGGGUCGAGAGACAACGGGAAAAGAUUGCCCAAACUGUCAUCGCGACUGAAGUGUAUCGCAACUGGCGUGCGUCGAGGAAAAAUCAAAAAAUUCAGAAGCAACCUGAGAGAAAGAGGAGUGGAAAACAAGGACAGAGUAGCACCCGAUCGUUUCUGAGCACCGUGGAUCCUGGAAGGAUAUCGAAACAGCCCCAAAAGAGGUACAAUUUGCGUCCGAGGCCCAGCGUACAAACCAACGCGACACCGCCCAGUGACGCCAUGGACAUCGAUAUCGAUGAAGUCAAAACAAGAGAUGAGCAAAUACCAAUAGCUAACGAAGGCCGGACGAGAGACAAGCAGGUCGGGACGACAGAUGAGCAAGUAUCAAAGGCCAAGGAAGUCAAAGCGAGAAAAAAGCUAGUGCCAAAGGCCAAAGAAGCGAUGCCUGCUCCUCUUCGUCCUAUUCAUUCAUCAAGGAUAUCUAAAUCAAGCGAGAAGCAAUCAGAUAUGCCGGGCAGAGCUGGCGCAAGCUCAACAGCCCCAAACAAAAAGCGCAAGCGACCAACAGAUGAGGAUGAACGCUCAACAGCCCCAAAUAAAAAGCCCAGGCGACCAACAGAUGAGAACGAACGCUCAAUAGCCCCACAUAAAAAGCCCAGGCGACCAGGAGAUGAGGACGAACGCUCAACAAUCCCAAAUACAAACCCCACGCGACCAGGAGAUGAGAACGAACGCUCAACAGCCCCAAAUACAAACCCCACGCGACCAAGAAAUGAGGAGGAACUCGGACGGGCGAUACCAAAAGUGCCUAACAGGAGAGCGAAAUCGCAGUCAGAUGGCGCGCCGCUGCGCCGCAGUGCACGACUAUGCAAGCCGGGUUGA